GGGGCGGGGCCCGUGGCGGGGCGGGGCCCAGGCCGCGGUGACGCUGGCGGCGGCGAAGGGCCGGGAGGGCGCCGCCAUGGCGAGCCAGUCGCAGGGCAUCCAGCAGCUGCUGCAGGCCGAGAAACGCGCCGCCGAGAAGGUGGCCGAGGCCCGCAAGCGAAAGAAUCGGAGGCUGAAGCAGGCAAAAGAAGAAGCCCAGGCAGAGAUUGAGCAGUACCGUCUGCAGAGGGAGAAGGAGUUCAAAGCCAAGGAAGCAGCGGCACUUGGAUCUCAUGGCAGCUGCACCACUGAAGUUGAGAAAGAGACCCAGGAAAAGAUGAGCGUAAUCCAGCAGAACUUCCAGAAGAACCGUGAGGUGGUCCUUUCCCAGCUGUUGUCACUAGUGUGUGACAUCAAACCUGAGAUCCAUGUGAAUUACCGCAUCAAUGGGUAGUAGUGGAAGAAGGAAUAAGCAUACUGGAAAUGCUGGUAGUAACAUCUUGAGCUUGAGGUGGAAUGUACAGCUCUCAGCCAUACCUUAACUGUUCCUCCUGUAAAUGUGUUAAAUUAUUUCAGUGAGUUGUAGGUCAUCAGUAUCUUACUGGAGUUCUGUUAGUUUCUCUCUUGACACUGAUUCGGAGCUUAUUCAAACAUUAAAUGGCCAUGUCUCAAAUCUGUGCUAAGUUAUUAAAUAUACAUUCAAGUUGGCACAUCAACUCUCCCUUUUUAUGUGGGUGAUAUUCAGUGAGAGGCUUUUCUCUGUGAAGUAGAAAGGAGAGAGAUUCUGGCCAGGUUUAAAUGGAGAGUCUGUGUCAGUAAUUAUUAGAUCCAUAUAACUGUAUUCUUGUUGACCAAAAUGCAUUUUUUUGGUGUGGUGUUAAACUUUGUACAGGGGUUAAGCCUUGUAAGAAGAAUUCUGUGGCUGUACAGUGCUCACUGAUAAUUUUCAGGUGCUUGAGUUUCUCUAUAUGGAAUAUCCUCUGUAUAUUCUGCUGUUAGCUUGAGUUACAAGUCUGGCACUAUGACACUUGAAAGUAAAAACACUUAUUUAACUCCAAA